GUCAGCUUGGGGUCCUUCCGGUGAGAAGAGAGCAAGAGACUCCACCGCUUUGUAAGACAUGAGUGUUGUGCGUUGCCCCACUGUGGCUGGGGGUCUCAUUGUGGAGAUGAAGCUGCUCUUGGCCCUGGCGGGGGUCGUAGCCACACUCAUCCUGGCCCAGCUUUGUGAGGGCACUGCCCCAGCUUCCCCCAUGGCAGUGGAGACAUCGGUCCUUCAGGACUGCGUGAAAGAGGCCAAACUGCUGGUGGAUGCUGCCUACAACCGGACUCAGGGGAGCAUCAAGCAGCGCCUUCGAAGUGGCUCUGCCAGCCCCAUGGACCUCCUGUUCUACUUCAAACAGCCGGUAGCGGCCACCAGGACAAUUGUGCAGGCGGCCGAUUAUAUGCACAUGGCCUUGGGGCUGCUGGAGGAGAAGUUACAAGUCCAGGGGUCUAGCUCCUUCAAUAUUACUGAUGUGCUAACAGAAUCCCAGCUGCGGCUGCUGUCCAAGGCCAGUGGCUGUGCUGUCCAGGAGGAGGAGGAGGAGAAGUGCAGAAACGACUAUCGCACCAUCACCGGGAGGUGCAACAACAGGAGGAGACCUUGGCUGGGGGCCUCCAACACUGCCCUGGCUCGCUGGCUGCCAGCUCAGUACGAGGACGGGCUGUCACUCCCCUUCGGCUGGACCCCGGGCAAGAGGCGCAAUGGCUUCCUCCUCCCUCUGGUCCGGGCAGUCUCCAACCAGAUCGUGCGCUUCCCCAGGGAGAGGCUGGCCUCCGACCGGGGCCGGGCGCUCAUGUUCAUGCAGUGGGGCCAGUUCAUUGACCACGACUUGGACUUUGUCCCUGAGUCCCCAGCCCGAGUGGCCUUCACUGCAGGUGUUGACUGUGAGAAGACCUGUGCCCAGCUGCCACCCUGCUUCCCCAUCAAGAUUCCGCCCAACGACCCCCGAAUCAAGAACCAGAGAGACUGCAUCCCCUUCUCCCGCUCGGCACCCUCAUGCCCCAGGAAGAACGUCGUUCGAAACCAGCUCAACUCCCUCACCUCCUUCUUGGACGCCAGCAUGGUGUACGGCAGCGAGGUCACCCUCGCCCUGCGCCUCCGCAACAGGACCAACUUCCACGGGCUACUGGCCAUCAACCAGCGCUUCACUGACAACCGCAGGGCCCUGCUGCCUUUCGACAACCUGCAUGAUGACCCCUGCCUCCUCACUAACCGCUCUGCACGCAUCCCCUGCUUCCUGGCAGGUGACUCUCGAUCAAGCGAAACUCCCAAACUGGCAGCCAUGCAUACCCUCUUUAUGCGAGAGCACAACCGGCUGGCGACCGAGCUGAGACGCCUGAAUCCUCGGUGGACCGGAGACAAGUUAUACCAGGAGGCUCGGAAGAUUGUGGGGGCCAUGGUCCAGAUCAUCACCUACCGAGACUAUCUUCCCUUAGUUCUGGGCAGGGCCCGGGCCAGGAGAACCCUGGGGCCUUACCGGGGGUAUUGCUCCAAUGUGGACCCUCGUGUGGCCAAUGUCUUCACCCUGGCCUUCCGCUUCGGGCACACCAUGCUCCAGCCCUUCAUGUUCCGCUUAGACAGCCAGUUCCGGGCCUCGGCACCCAACUCACGUGUUCCGCUCAGCUCCGUCUUCUUUGCCAGCUGGCGAGUUGUGCAUGAAGGUGGCAUCGACCCCAUCAUCAGAGGCCUCAUGGCCACCCCAGCCAAGCUGAACCAGCAGGAUUCCAUGUUAGUGGAUGAGCUCCGGGACCGGCUGUUCAAGCAAGUGAGAAGAAUCGGGCUGGACCUGGCGGCUCUCAACAUGCAACGCAGCCGGGACCACGGCCUCCCAGGGUACACCGCUUGGAGGCGGUUCUGUGGACUCUCCCAGCCCAGGAACCUGGCACAGCUGAGCCGAGUGCUGAGGAACCAGGAUUUAGCCAGGAAGUUCCUGAACGUGUACGGGACGCCUGACAACAUUGACAUCUGGAUCGGGGCCAUUGCAGAGCCUCUUUUGCCAGGGGCCCGAGUGGGGCCCCUUCUGGCUUGUCUUUUUGAGAACCAGUUCAGAAGGGCCCGCACAGGAGACAGGUUCUGGUGGCAGAAACGAGGUGUUUUCACCAAGAGACAGCGCAGGGCCCUGAGGAAGAUUUCCUUGUCUCGAAUUGUGUGCGACAAUACUGGCAUCACCUCUGUUCCGAGGCACAUCUUCAGGGCCAACACCUACCCCCAGAACUUUGUGGACUGCAGCAGAAUCCCCAGGUUGAACCUGUCAGCCUGGCGACGCAGAUGAGGCUUCUGCAGGACUCUACCCCAGGCCUCCAACCUUGGAGACAGGGAACCUCAGGAAGACCCCAAGUUUACCUUUCCCCCUGGAGCAACCACAUCCUGCUGAUGCUUUUGCUGGUUACGGCUCAGAGCUGGUUCUUUGGCAGGGAGUGAUAGGCAGGGUGCCCAGCAGCAGUGAACCCACCCACCUUGGGAGCCAAACGAGAUCUUGAGACCUCUGCAAGAAGUCCCCUGGAGGGUUUCCAGCCACUUUCUUACAGCGUAUUUCCCAGCCCAUCCCCAGCAUCGGCCCAUGCCUGGGAGACCACAGUCCCAGCCUCUAGCCACCCCAUGAUCCUCCUCAGGAGCCUGCAGGCUGGGUAGCAUGCUCUGCUUCUGCCAAUAAAACUCUGCUGAGGGCAGGAGCUGGUUUCUGCGUUGGGUUGGGGAGGGCGUGACCUCAGUCCCAAGCUUUGCUGCAAAUAUUUAAGAGGUCUGCUGUCAAGAUGAGCUGGCACUAACCUCUAAGCCUCUCCUGGAGGCUGGGUGAAGAGAAUCAAAAGGAACAAUCUAGCGUAGGAAAAGGCAAAAAGGGGGAAGGGCAGCAACACCAGGGGCCCUGACAUUAAGAAUACCUCAGCCAUGCCAGUGACCUGAACAGGGAAAUAACCGACAGAACAUCAGCCAGUAGAAAAAGCUUUUAUGUAUA